AUGUUUCAGGACAUGUUCAACAUUUAUGGACUCGUAGCUCCAGUUUUUACUCCACUCGAUGAAGAUGGCGAAAUCAAGUUUGACGUCAUCCCAAUAUACGCGAAAUAUCUGGCGAAGGAAAACAUUACUGGAGUUUUGGUUGGUGGGACAACGGGCGAAUUUGCGUCCUUCAAUACGCAAGAAAGGAAAGAGUUGGUGGACGCUUGGUUGAAGGUUGCCAGGCCUCUGAACUUAAAAGUCAUUGUCCAGGUCGGCGGAGCAUCUUUGCCUGACGUCAUAAAAAUGGCCCAACACGCCGAAGAACGAAAAGUAGACGCAAUAAUGACCCUGCCGGAACUCUACUUCCGUCCCAAGACCGCUGAGCACCUAGUCUCCUACUUAGAAGUCGUCAGUAAGGCUGCACCAAGUCUUCCUUUACUGUACUACCAUUUUCCUAUGAUGACUGGAGUAAAUUUAAACGUUGCUGAAUUCUUCACGCUGGCAUGUAGGCGAAUCCCAAACUUUAUGGGUUUGAAAGCCGACCUGCAUGAUGCAACACAACUUGCAGACCAGCUCAAGUGUGGAAAAUUAACAUAUAUUGCUAAUCAUAUGCUUGGGCCGUCAGCUUUAAUGGGCCAUGACUCCAGCAUCGCAACGGUAAACAAUAUAUUCCCAUCUCUAGUGAAAGACAUCGUUAGGCUAACUAAAUGCGGUGAAGUGGAUAAGGCUAAGAAACUGCAAGAUAAACUCAACUCUAUGGUUAACGGGAUAUCGUGUAACGGAGACUUUGUACCUUGUAUGAAAGCGGCAAUGGAGGUAGUGACAGGAAUCAAAGUGGGCCCACCGAGAAUGCCACAAACACCUCUUAAUGAACCACACAAGAAACGCGUUGAGGAUAUAUUGAAAAUGUAUAAAUAUUAA